GUGCAUCUAUAAUACUGGGCUGUCUGCACUGGGUUGUGUGAGGGGGGAGAGCGGCUCCUCACUCCAGCAGCACAGCGGACCGGAUCUGAACAGGCUAGAAGGGACUGGAUGGUACUAGACUUGCCAAACAGUUACAGAACCUGGCAGAGGCUGAUUUCUGAGGGAAAGGAGAACAUCAGAGGCAGCUUGUUAAGAAAAGAAGGCUGUGUGAGGAACCUGCAGACUCGCUUAAAUAAAGUGGCUGAGGAGGUGACUGCUGGGUAGCGGGAUGGCCGGGCGGGGGCUUCUUGCCCCUCUCCCUCUAUUUUUGCUUCUUCUCCUGCUUGAAGUCCUUCCAGAGGCCAGUGGCUCUGGCUACCUGUCCGGAUAUCGCCUCAGGUCCCGUUUGCAGAGGGACCGCCACAUCCGAAAUGUGCGACCAAACAUCAUUCUCAUCCUCACGGAUGAUCAAGACAUAGAACUGGGCUCCAUGCAAGCCAUGAACAAAACAAGGCACAUCAUGGAAAAGGGAGGUACGCAUUUUUUAAACGCUUUCUCAACCACACCCAUGUGCUGCCCGUCCCGCUCCACCAUUCUGACAGGGAAGUAUGUGCACAACCACCACACUUACACAAACAACGAGAACUGCUCCUCGCCCUCGUGGCAGGUGCACCACGAGCCUCACACCUUUGCUGUGCACCUCAACAACUCUGGCUACAGGACAGCCUUUUUUGGAAAGUAUCUGAAUGAGUACAAUGGCUCCUACGUGCCUCCUGGAUGGAAGGAGUGGGUGGCGUUGGUGAAAAAUUCUCGCUUUUACAACUACACCCUCUGCAGAAAUGGAGUACGGGAGAAACACAGCGGUGAUUACAGAAAGGACUACCUGACGGACAUCAUAACCAACGACAGCAUCAACUACUUCCGCAUGUCGAAGAGGAUGUACCCUCACCGUCCCGUCAUGAUGGUCUUGAGUCAUGUUGCUCCUCAUGGUCCAGAGGACUCUGCCCCACAGUACAGCUCUGCCUUUCCCAAUGCAUCACAGCACAUAACCCCCAGCUACAACUACGCCCCAAACCCAGACAAGCAUUGGAUCCUCCGUUACACAGGACCCAUGAAGCCGGUCCACAUGCAGUUCACCAACAUGCUUCAGCGCAGGAGGAUGCAGACUCUGCUGUCUGUGGAUGACAGUGUGGAAAAGGUCUACAACAUGUUGCUGGAGACUGGAGAAUUGGACAACACCUACAUCAUUUACACCUCAGACCACGGUUAUCAUAUUGGGCAGUUUGGUCUGGUGAAGGGCAAAUCAAUGCCGUAUGAGUUUGAUAUUCGCAUCCCGUUUUAUGUACGAGGACCUGAUGUGGAGCAAGAUGCCAUCAAUCCCCACAUCGUCUUAAACGUUGACCUUGCGCCGACUCUGCUGGACAUGGCUGGCCUUGACAUUCCUGCAGAAAUGGAUGGCAAGUCCAUCUUGAAGCUGCUGGCCACAGACCGCCCAGUCAACAGGUUCCAGUUGAACAGAAAAAGUAAAACAUGGCGAGACUCCUUCCUGGUGGAAAGAGGGAAGCCUCCACACAAGAGAACUGAUGGGAAGGAAAUGGCCCAAGAAGAGAACUUCCUACCAAAGUACCAGAGGGUCAAGGAUUUGUGUCAGAAAGCGGAGUACCAGAGCUCCUGCCAGCAGCCAGGACAGAAAUGGCAGUGUGUGGAGGACCCGACUGGCAAACUGAGGCUUUAUAAGUGCAAGGGCAUGGCAGGACUCUUUGCCCCCCGCAUGCAGGCUCUGAUGGCCAGCAGUGCCUCCCAGCUGUCUCUCACAAUCAGCUCUGACGGAUGUUCCUGUGGUGACAUCAGCUUCAAGACAUCCAUCCUGAAAAAGAAAGGGCUGCUCAACAAAAAGAAGAUGAAAUCCAUCAAGACUUUGUCAAGGAAGCGAUCUGCCCGCUCUGCUCUGUAUGAGCUGGGUGGAGAUUUGUAUGCAGUUGAUCUUAAAGAGACCUACCGACCCGGUGGGCUCAGGAACAGCAGCUGGACCAGAAACAGGUGGAGAAUAGCAGGGAAUGAAGACGACCCUGAAGAAAUCAGCGGAAAUGGAAUUGCGGCCAAACCCACAAGCAGCAACAGUCUCACACCACCUGCUGGCCUCAAAGUCACCCACAGAUGCUCCAUCCUCAUGAAUGCUACAGUAAAGUGUGAUGGAGGACUCUAUAAGUCCCUUCAAGCCUGGAAAGAUCACAAGCUGCACAUUGAGCAUGAGAUUGAAACUUUGCAGACCAAGAUCAAGAAUCUGCGUGAGGUCAAAGGCCACCUGAAAAAGGUGCGGCCAGAAGAAUGUCAGUGUAAUGCCUCCAGCUAUCUUUUUAAGAAUAAAGACAUGUUUGGGCUGAAAGCAGCACAAAUGCAUUCACUCAGAAUGCCAUCCAAACAGAAGACUCAGUGGCUCCAGAAGGAGCAGAAACGCAGGAAGAAACUGCGUAAAUUCCUUAAAAGGCUCCAGAACAAUGACACCUGCAGUAUGCCGGGCCUCACCUGCUUCACCCACGACAACCAUCACUGGCAGACUGCCCCCUUCUGGACAAUGGGUCCAUUCUGUGCAUGCACCAGUGCCAACAAUAACACAUACUGGUGCCUUAGGACCAUCAAUGACACACACAACUUCCUUUUCUGUGAAUUUGCCACGGGCUUCCUGGAGUAUUUUGACCUCAAUACUGACCCCUACCAGCUGAUAAAUGCUGUCAGCACUCUUGACCGCAACGCUCUGAACUCAAUGCAUCAGCAGCUCAUGGAUUUACGGGGCUGCAAGGGCCAUAAGCAGUGCAACCCAGAAAAGGGAGGGAAGGAGCGAGACCACUUCAGUGAAUACAGGCCAGUACACCGUCGAAAGAAGCCAAAAGUGAAGAAGCCCUCCUCCAAAUCGCUGGGGAAAAUUUGGGAAGGCUGGGUUGGUUAAGCAUCUGAAUCACAGGACCAACCACAACAUCCUCUUUUAGCAGAAGAAUAAGGAUCCAGGACCUCAAUUUUAUCUGAGUGGACCAGAAACUGGACCAUUAAGCUUCUGUUUGUUGGGUUUUGAUGCAGAUAAAAAGGCUCUUUGGGAAGUGCAUCCAAAUGGAGGAAAUACGAAAGACUCUUUAAUCAUGUAUUUUGGAAAACAUCUCAUGACCACUGACGUCUGUCAAGUUUGUCAAUCAUACAUAGAUUGGGGCACCUUCAUGCAGUCUUGCAGCAAAGCUUGUACAUAAUAUCCAGACUAUCGCUUUCAAAUGGGGCUCUAUUGUAUGAUGAACUAUAUGUCAACCUACGCCAUCGUCAUUACAAUUUCCUCAACAAGUUUCAACUCGUUUGGACUCCAUAAUGAUGAAAUGCAUCAGAUUUUGUCAUAAACUUUUGUGAAACAGGCAAAAUUAAUACUGAUGAAUGUCUUCUUUAUUAAGGUUCUUCCUUCAUAGCUGUGAGAUGUAGUGUGACAGCAUUUGCCUGUAAUGAUCCACACACAUUUACAGACUUCUGUGUAGGUCUAUUUAUAACUUUUAGCAGAUCCACAAUGUCCACCAUUACACAAUCAUACAGUUCCCCAAAAUAUGUGAUCAUUGAUCAAAUGGAAUGAAUACCAUUGUAUUCCUUUGUGUCAUCAGUACCACAUUGUAGAGUUUGUUCCGCUUGCUACUUGGUGCUACAGGAUAACAGCACAAAAAAACUCAAGUCUUACUGUACAAUAUAGUAUGUAUCUGAAUGUACGUUGUGCAAUUAAUAUAAAUGUUUACAAUAUUUUUUAUAAUACUGAAGAGGCGCCUCAUACAUUUUGAGAUGACAAAAUGAACCUAUGAGGAAAUGUAGCUUGAAAAACCUCAUUGUCCAAGAUCUAUGUUUGUCAGUUUCUUAUUUACCAUAAAAGCACUUAAAAGGGUUCACUGUGAUUAGAAGUACAUAAAAAAUACAACUACUUUAUUCCUGAGAAAAGGCACGACUUGUUAAUGUGGACUUUAGGUAACUGCCUUUGUUAAAAUCGUUUCUUCUUGCAAACACUUUCAUAGAUCUGCUGAUAGAAAACUGUGAAUAAAGUGCUGUUUGACCAUAA